CUGCCAGCUCUCCUGCACAGCACUCGGCUGCUGCCCCACAGCAGGCAGGGACCCAUGGAGGAACCCCGGUAAAUCCCAACAGUGAAUCCCAGAACAAGGACCAGGAGCUGCUCCCCUGUGCCAGGCCCCAGGAGGAUCCCCCAUGCAUCUGGACCAGGAGCCGGCAGCAGGCGCCGGGCGCUGCAUGGAAGCGGCAGCCGCCGGUGGCUCCGGCCCCGUCCCCUGCGGGUGAGCAGCGUGGGAGCCCCGCAGAGCCCUCCUGCAAGGUGCUGCGGAGCCUGCUGCGAGCCGUGCAGCGGACCCCGGGGUCCCCCCGGCACGGAGGGGUCGGCAGGAGCCUCCUGCAGCGCAGCACCCCCACCCGGCCCGACCCCAAGGGAGACUUUGUUGUAAGUAAUGACACCCUUAACCGUGGGCACUGGAGGGUUCUGUGGGCACUGACAGCUCCCUCCCCUCUCACUGGCACCAUGCAGCUGUGGCCACACCACGGGUGAGGUGCAGGAGCUCCUUCAGGUGUGUUCUGGGCUGGGAACUGUGUGGAGACCUUUGCCUCUAAGCAAGACUCCAUCGUGCUCCUUCCCCUGCCUUCAGCCACUGGUGCAGGUGACACAGUUCCAGGCAAGAAGCAUUUGCUCCCUCACAGCAGGAGCUGUUCCUCGCCUGAAGAUGCUCUCUGCAGCUGCAGGACUGAGGAGUUCCCCUCCGGUGCCCGUGACUCUCCUGCUCUCAUUAGCUGAAUCAGCACUGUUGCCAAACCUGCGUUGUUUCUCCCCUACUAUUCACUUCCCAUCCUGGAGAAGGAGCGGCAGAGACUGGAAAGCCUCAGGAAGAAGCAGGAAGCUGAGGAACAGAGGAAGAAGAAAAUGGAGGAGGAGAAGAGGCAGCGGCAGGCGGAAAUGAAGCAGAAGAGGGAAGAGCGCCUGAGGAAGGCACUGCAGGCUCGGGAGCGGGCAGAGGAGGAGAAGAAGAAGCGGAUGGAGCAGAAGAUCCUGCAGAGCGAUGAGAAGGUGCGGCUCUCCCAGGUGCGGGACAGGGAGGAGAAAGCAGAGGAGCGAGGCAGGAAGAAGCUGUCCAAGAAGUCUGGGGAAGCUGAGGCCCGGAGGCAGAAAGCACUGAAGGGGGAGGAAGAUGAACGGGAGCAGCCAGAGCUGCUGCAGAAGAGGAGAGAGGAUGAAGUGAAGGGGAAAGGAAAGAAAGUCUUGGAACUGAAGAAUCUUCUGGAGCAGCAGCAUGGGGAGCACGGGAAGGAGAGGGAUCACAGGCACGGAGGGAAGGAGAAGCUUCCCCAUCCACAGCUGGGGGCAGCCGCACACCUGGAGAAGCACAGAAAGGAGGAAGCUGCUCUGCAGCGCCCGGGAGAGAGGAAGCUCAGGCAGCCGGAGGCAGCGGCUGCUGCCGCUGGCACCGGGCAGCGCAAAGUGCUCAAGAAAUCCAUCUCCGCACCCUACUUGAAGCCCCUGAAGGGCACAGGGCAGAGCAGCCACCCAAAGGUGAGUGAGGACAACUAUGGCAUGGACCAGAACAGCGACGAUGCCACAGACGAUGAGAACGACCCUCGGAAGCCGGUCCCUGCCUGGGCUGACGGCCCUCGGCUCAAGCAGGACAUCAUGCACCAGUACUACCACCCGGUGAACACAGACCAGCUCUUCGGGCUCAUCUCAGGCCUCCGGCUGGACGAGAUCUUUGGCAAGAGCAAGCCCCGGUACUUCAAGCGCACCAGCUCGGCCGUUUGGCAUUCCCCACCCAGGCCCAGAUCUGCCUCUGGCCCCUCCUGCAGCCUCAACAGGUGAGGGCUGUGUGUGAUGCCCACCUGCACCCUCUGGCUGGGUCUCUGUGGAGCCCAGGACCAGGUCUCAGUGUGGAGCCCAGGACCAGGUCUCUCUGCUCCCUCUGUGCACAAUUUUAACCCAUUUUUUAUA